GACAGGUCAAGACCUACUGCAGUGGGUUACCGAAGUAACAUGGCGGAAGGUGCAACUUGGUUCAGGGAUUUGUGUUUGUGGAAAAAGGCUACGGUUAUCGUUGGGUCCGGAGCCGUUAUUACUGGGGUUGUCUACGCAAUCCUUAGACACAGGAGGAAGUCUGCCGAGCUUCAAGGGGGUGACAUGGCCAUCCAGGAGGUUGCAGAGACGGAUUUACCGGAGAAGCGCAUCUUGGUUUUGGGUCUUGAUAACUCCGGCAAAAGCAGUCUGCUACGCUGCCUGACACAUUCUGAAAGCUCAGGGCCUCCAGAUCCAACAGAAGGUUUCAAUGUAAUGUGCGUACAGACAAAAGCUGCUACACUCAACAUAUGGGAAGUUGGUGGCCAACAGAGUGUGCGCCUGUACUGGGAGAACUUCAUCAAAGGAACUGACGUCUUAGUAUUUGUUGUUGAUGCCGUUGAUGAGGCCCGAUUACCAGAAGCCAAAGAGGAACUGCACAAACUUCUUGCUGAUGAAAGGCUCAAGAGUGUGCCCCUGGUUCUCAUUGCAAAUAAACAGGAUCAGGCCAAAGCGAAGCGAGGAGCCGAGUUUAUAUCAGCCCUCAGUCCAUCCGUCCCGUCCCAAGAACGAGAGGUCCAUGUAGUGGAGACACAGACAGUACUGAACGCAGGAAGCGACAACGUUAAACAAGUCAUGGAAUUAAUGGUAUCCUUGUCCAAGGACUGAGAGAGAAUUCAUUGCCACAUUUUUAUUAUAUAAUUGCUUUGUAUAUCUCUGACAAUCGUUUGAGUGAAAAAAAAAAAUGGAAAAAAAAAACCAGCAGCUUCCAGUAACGACCCCUAGGCUGUUUUUUAAAAAGAACCAUGAAUCGUAUUGAGGCUAUAUACACUGCCAUAUAUGUAGCUCCAGAAAUCUGUUGCGACCUUUUUUUAAAAGACUAAAUCCUACAACCACUUUAUUUCAUGCUUGGGUGUCAAGCAGAUAAUAUUAUUGGGACAGUCCUAGGGUGGUAAUUGACAGGUUAAAUAGCAAUUGGGAAAAGGGUAUACAGGUUUAGGGAAGGGGGAUAGAGGUUAAGCGUACAUUGAUUUUGUACUCAGGCACAGAUUGAGAUCUGUAACAUUUGCAAACCCUGACUCUCGAGGCCAACUUGCCUACAUGUGCCCUUAAUCCUCCAAUAAUCUCCUUUCCUAUGCCACUCCACUACAACAUGUUUGGACUUGGAUAAGAUUGGAAUGCCUGGCCCAGUUAUAUACUGUUGUUAUCUGGGCCCAAGUCCCCCAUUCCUCUGGAAACCUUCAUAUCGGAAAAGGGGAUAUAGAUGAUUUUGGAGGGUGAGGGUUUAUGACAGAAACUGUUACUUAUUGGUACACAAGCAAAAAUGGGACGAGGGGAAAAGAAGACUUGAAUUUAAAGUUGAAGCUACAUCUGUUGGUUUAUUACUUGCUAUUAUGAGCAUGGUGCUGAACUGUUAUUGGUCAAGAACCAAUCACAGGAUGUCCUACAAAGACGCAUGUACAUGGCUCAGGGAAACAUGAGUGAUGUACUGUACAUGUAUCCCACGGGGGUUAUCAUUUUGUACAAGACGACUAGCGGUCAGACUGCUAGACUUGCAAUUACAAGGUUGUGGGUUCAAAUCUCCCAAGCUAACCACUGAUUUCAUAAUGACUAAAGUAUUGUCGUCUUGGUACUAAAUCACAAUUUCUCGAUUUGUGCAAUUCAUAAUGGUAGACGUUAAACCAAUGUUUAGUAUGAGAGAGGUUUGCUGUUGCCAGCUUGGCGU